UACAGGGAGCACACGUGUGUGAAGAUGGAGGGAGAGUGUAGUAGUUGGGUGUUGCCGAGCUGCUUUGUAGUACCGAGAGCGGGUUACGUGAUGGGAGAAACUGUUAAAGUUCCUGUUAAAAACUUCAUCUGCUCUUUCGAGGACUGUGAUGCGACGUUUAACAAGUCGUGGAAGCUGCAGGCACACCUCUGCAAGCACACCGGGGAGAAACCCUUUGUGUGUGAGCGUGAAGGCUGUGGUAAAGGCUUUUCUAGAAACUUCCACCUUGCCAGACACCAGCUGUCACACAGCGGAGACAAACCUUUUCAAUGUGAAAGUGAUGGAUGUAAAGACAUGUUCACUACCAAAGCCAACUUGAAAAAGCAUAUAAUUCGCAAGCACGAGAACCAGAACAAGUUGUAUGUGUGCGUGCACAGUGGCUGUGGAAAGUCUUUCAAGAAGAAUAACCAACUUAAAAUCCACGAGUAUGAACACACCAACCUCCUACCUUUCAAGUGUAACUUUGAAGGCUGUGAGAAGCGUUUCCCAGUGCCCAGCAAACUGAAACGUCAUGAGAAGGUGCAUGAAGGUUAUCCUUGCAAAAAAGAAGGCUGUUCAUUUGUUGGAAAAACCUGGACAGAGUAUCUUAAACACCACAGUCAUGACCACCAAGAUGUGUUCCUGUGUGACCAGUGCAACAAGAAGUUCAAGAAAGCCUGGUUUCUCAAACAGCACCAGAAGGUUCACCUGCCUGAAAGAGUUGUGCUCAAGUGCCCGAGAGAGGGCUGCGACCGGACCUACACCACUUCCUUCAACCUGCAGAACCACAUCCUGUCCUUUCAUGAAGAGAAGCGCCCCUUUAAAUGCGAGCGAUCUGACUGCCAGAAAUCCUUCGCCAUGAAACAAAGUCUGGACCGUCAUGCUGUCGCACAUGAUCCUCAAAAACAAAAGCUCAAGAAGCGUCCACGUCCCAAACGGAGCCUUGCCUCUCGACUCAGUGGAUACAAACCCUCCAAGAGAGGUCAGCCUGAAUCCAACUCCAACACAAUGACGAAGAUGCUAGAGAAAACCAACCUCUCAGAGCAGAGCCUCUAGCCCUCUACACAAAGGACUGCUGUUUAAAUAAACAAAACUUUAAGUUGUAUGCAAAUCACUUUAUUUUUAGUUUCUUCUUGUUUUAUUAAACC